AUGGGUAUUACAGAAUUUCUCGAAAACGCAAUCUUAAACCCGGACACCUCAGCUCGUCAGGCGGCUGAGGCUAAGCUUGCUGAACUGGCAUCCGAGAACUGGGUUGCAUACUUGGGUCAGCUUGUGGAAGUAUUAGGUGAUGAAUCGCAGAAGACAGAGGUGAGGAUGUUGGCCGGUUUGGGAGCAAAGAACGAGUUAACAUCGAAGAAUGUCAUUAAGAGGCGCCAGCAGGCAGAGAGGUGGCUUCAGAUAGAUACCGACUCUCGGCAAAAGAUCAAAAACAUCUCUUUGCAGGCUCUUUUGACCCAGGAUGACAGGGUGGCGAAUCAGGCAGCUCAACUUGUCGCGGCAAUUGCUAGCAUUGAACUGCCACGUGACGAGUGGCCCCAGUUGAUGCACGUGAUAGUGGAAAACACCAAGACGGAUCGCCCAGUGAACGUGAAGCGUGCAUCAUUGUUGACAAUCGGCUACAUUUGCGAGAGUUCCGAUCCGACAAAUCCACAGGUUGCAGCACAGUCCAACGGUAUCUUGAUUGCAAUUGUUCAAGGUGCCCAAUCGUCGGAGCCCUCAGCCGUGGUGCGCCGUACUGCUCUCGAGGCCUUGGUGAACUCAUUGGAGUUUAUAUCGGGCAACUUUGCAAGGGAAGGCGAGAGAAACUACAUUAUGCAGGUUGUUUGUGAGGCUGCAGCCACAGAUUCGGAUACUGCUCUUCAGGCGGUUGCGUUUGGUGCGUUGGCCAAGAUCAUGAGUCUCUACUACGAGUACAUGGGUGUGUACAUGGAGAAGGCAUUGUACGGACUCACAGUCAAUGGAAUGAGAAGUGCCGAUGACCAUGUUGCCUGCAUGGCGGUUGAGUUUUGGUCCACAGUCUGUGAAGAGGAGCUGGCCAUCCAGCUUGGCGAUUCUGGUGACGUGGCAGGUGGCAAUGGUGAGCAGGGCAUGGGGGAGAACGGGAACGGAAAUGCAAACGCAAACGCAAACGCAAACGGAUCGUCUCCUCUCCUGUACAACUUCGUACUUGUCGCAAUCUCAGACGUCCUCCCUACGCUUCUCAGCCUUUUGAUGAGGCAGAACGAGGAUAGCGAUGAUGAUUCGUGGUCUGUGGCUAUGGCAGCAGGUGCCUGCUUGCAGCUUUUUGCACAGGAUACCGGGAACUAUGUGGUCAGGCCAACAUUGCAGUUUGUAGAGCAGAACCUUGCUGGCCAGGAGUGGCGGCAGAAGGAGGCCGCAGUUAUGGCCUUUGGAUCCAUCCUCGAUGGUCCAGAUCGCUCUGAACUACGUACUGUCAUCGCCCAGGCACUCCCUGCCAUCUUGCGGUUGAUCACCGAUGAUUCUCUUGCAGUCCGCGAGACCGUGUCAUGGUGCCUCGGACGUAUCACGGAUCUUGUCGUGGAUGCCAUCGAUAUCCAGAAUAUGUUACCGAACUUGGUCCAGGCAGUCUUGUUUGGCUUCCAGAACGAUCCCAAAGUCGUCACGAACUGCUGCUGGACCCUCAUCAACUUGCUUGAGCAGCUUUGCCACGAUGCUCAGCAGCAACAGAGCUCUCCUCUUUCACAGUACUUCACGCAGCUUGUUCCUGCAAUUCUACAGGUUAGUGGCCGUGAUGAUAACGACGGCGGUGCAAGGACUUCUUCAUACGAGGCUUUAUCAUCGCUUGUCCUCUACAGUGCCCAGUGUGACGUCCAGUUUGUUCAGCAGAUCGCCACCGAGGGAAUAAACAGGUUGACUGCCACGAUGAAUAGUGUCGGUACCGAUGCUGGCAAGGAUGUAAGUGGAUCCGCCGGGUUCCAUGUGUCGGCCGAGUUGGAAGAGUUUCAAUCCAACAUUUUGUCGCUGAUGACCAACGUCAUUCGCCGGAUGGGCACGGAUGCUGCCUCUGCAGCAGACCAGCUUAUGGAAAUAUACCUCAAGUUGCUAUCAAUGCAGCCCGGGGACUCGGUCAUCGAUGAGGACAUAUUCAUGGCUGUUUCUGCUGUUGCGUCUGCCGUGGAUGCAGACUUCGUGAAAUACAUGCCUUCGUUCUUGCCCUUCCUCACCAAAGCUCUUGAGGAUGUCGACUCUCCGGUCUGCGAUGCAGCUAUCGGUAUAGUAGUCGAUAUAUGCCAUUCUUUGGGCGACAAGUUCAUUUCCUACUGCCAGGGAUUCAUGGCUAUCUUGGGAAACACGUUGUCCAAUCCACAUGUCCGCCGUGAGCUCCGCCCGUUGAUAUUAUCGUGCUUUGGCGAUAUCGCUUCUUCCAUAGGAACGGAAUUUAUACAGUACCUUGAUGUUGUCAUGGGAAUAUGCAAAUCCGCACAGAAUUUGCAGGCUGUUCCUGAGGAUGAGACGAACCCAGACAUGUCCGAUGACUUCGACGACUAUCUUCUAAAUGUGAGAGAGUCUGUUUUGGAUGCCUAUGUCGGAAUAGUGGCUGGCUUGCACGAUUCUCCAGACAGCUUGUUCCAGUACCUUGUUCAGAUCGCGCAGUUCCUAAUGUCUGUGUACACCGACCCGCAGUUAUCUUCAAAUGAAAGCGUUUCAAGGUCUGCAGUUGGCAUGAUAGGUGAUUUGGCACAAAUGUAUCCGGAUGGCCGUUGGAAGGAAUUUUUCGCCCAGAAUUGGGUUACCGACUUCAUUCGCCGUACCAGGGGUAACCAAAACUUCAGCAAACUUACGAGAGAUACUGCUAGAUGGGCAAGAGAGCAGCAAAAACUACAGCUAAGAAACUGA